AUGCUUGUUAUCAAUACUCUAGUACUCCUUCAAAGCGUAAGCCUUUUCGUGCCGACUAUAUUUGGCUACACAGUGAGCCAUGUUGCGGAGGAAAGCAAAGUAUUCAGCUGUUUCAAAAAGCAAAUAAGGGCAGCCGACAUUAAAACAGAAAGACUGGAAGCAAUUAGUCUUUUGCGAGGACAUUAUGUAACCAAAAUUUCGAUGCAAGAGAUUUUAAGUCACUUUGAAGGGAAAAUGAGAACGGAAUGGCUUAUGUAUGAUGACGGUAGCCCACAUGAAUAUUAUAAUUAUCAAAUCAGAUCACUUUGGUCUGAAUCUGAGAACAAUGAUUACAAAUAUAUUUUAAUGACCAGCCUCUUAUUUGACGAUCGUUAUCGGCUUUGUGCCAUAUUAACCGAAGAAUCUUGGAUUAACCACUUCCAAACUGGGAUGGUGCCGGGAUCUGGCGUGAAAACCAUCAAAUCAUCGUGUCAAGUGAUGUCAGGGGUCGGAAGGCAGAUAAUUUAUGAGGAGAAGGACUGGGGAGGAAACUGGGACGAGGGCGAGAUGUAG